GCCUGCACGCAACUCGAAGUUGCAAAAUGAUAAUCGAAAACAACUCGACUUUAAAUGGUAACAAGACCGAGAGGAAGUCGAGUUAAUCGUCAAAACCGUUUCAAAAUAAAACAUCCAGUACGAAAUUUAUACGCGAAAAUUUAUCAAGAUUGCCCGUUGGCAAUUUUAAUACGUUUGUGCAAUCGCUCCACUAACCAGCUCGCACGUCAGCUGCGGUAACUUUUUAUAACGUGAUAAAAGCCAAUUAACCGACUAACGACAUGAAGAGAGCAAAGCGGCGACAGCCUCGCCAAGAGACCAACAUGUUUAAGAUCGACUUCCAAUCGCUUAUGCUAUUUUUGAUUUUCGGCGCCGCCUUUAUCCUCGUCAUUGCAUUCCAACCCUUAAGUAAAGAAGAGCAUAUCGAACGCUAUAACAAAAUGAGUGAAGACGUAGAGCCAUUUAGAAAGAAUUUAACAGAAUGCGCUCGCCAAGUCAAAGCGUCUAUGGUCGACGUCGAACACUUUUUGAAAAGAAUACCGCAGUCCACAAUGCAGGGUAAAUGCUUCGUCGCUUGCAUAUUAAAACGGAACAACAUUAUCACAAAGAAUAAAGUGAAUGUAAAGAAUCUUCUAGAAGCUAAUAGGGCUGUGUAUGGAGAUGAUAGUGAGGUGCUUGCACGUUUGAAAACAGCGGUAAAGGAAUGUUCGGAGGUUGUAGAAGGCGUGUUUGAAAUCUGCGAGUAUGCAUCAGUGUUUAAUGACUGCAUGCAUAUGAAGAUGGAGCAUUUGCUCGACCGCAUGACCAUGGAGCGGCGAAUGGAGGCCCUGGGACAGAUGACGAGCAACCCUGACGAGUGGAGCGACGACGAGGACGAGAUGCUCAAGCUUGUUAAGGAUGAACUUUAGUAAAGCUCUUUCUGUUAGUAUAUUGUUUAUUUGGUGAAUACUUAGAACUGUCUUCGCAUAAUCUUUAAUUUUACGAGAA